CCCAGCUCAGCGCCAAGAUGGCAGCUGCGCGAGGGAGAUGAGCUGAGCGACGACACAUCAGAGUUCUGUCAUGAAACAGCCUCGGAAUCAAUUUCAUCAUGGCCAUCACUCAGUUCCGUCUGUUUAAGAUCUGCACUUGCCUAGCCAGUUUGCUCUCUUUCUUUAAGAGAUUGAUAUGCAGGAGCGGAAGGGGCCGAAAGCUCAGUGGGGAUCAAAUAACUCUCCCGACAACAGUGGAUUUCUCAUCAUCAGUACCAAAACAGCCAGAUGUUGAAGAAUGGAGUUCAUGGGAUGAAGACGCUCCAACAAGUAUUAAGAUUGAAGGUGGUAAUGGAAACGUCCACCCUCAACCCACUGAAAUUGACGAGCCCGACUACUUCAAAGACAUGGCGCCAACCAUCAGGAAAACACAGAAGAUAGUGCUAAAGAAAAGGGAGCCAUUGAACUACCUGGUGCCUGAUGGCUCAGCAGGUUUCUCCAGCAGACUAGCAGCCUCUCAGGAUAUGAUGACUUUCUGCCCACCUUCAGCAGAGCUUGGUGAAAUGGACAACUGGCAGGGCGACACCAAUGCUUGGGAGGAUGAGUCUGAUGCCACCUGGGAAGCAGAGGAGGUGCUCAGACAACAGAAGCUGGCUGAGAGAGAAAAGCGAUCCAUGGAGCAGCAAAGGAAGAAGAUUGAGAAAGACGCUCAGAGGAUGAUGAAGAAAGAGCAGAAGAUGGCUGUUAAGCUUUCAUAACAUUCUGUUAAUGCUCAGUUUUGAGCCAGAGGAAUACAAGGGAAAGACACUGAAUCAGUUGUGAGUUUAUCUUUAAAAUCAUCAAACCAUCCAAAGUUCUCAUGCUGCACUGCAACAUUUCAGUAACGUGUCUUCGUCCAGCAGCCAUUCCUGUGCGUUUACGAGCAGCAGCAGUGACUCCUUCUUGGGUUAGCGCACUAACCCCAUUUUCCCAUGUUUCGAAACCAUUUUGGUUUUUAAGCCUGAAUUAGGAUUUCUGUGCCCCCAAUUUAUUUUCGGUGUAUGUGCUAGUUAGCACGUGCCCUAUUAAAGCUAUGUCAAUAAACUGAACCUGUACUGUACUACCUUUUCAUAUCAGGUGUACAAUUGCUUUUCUUUCUUUCUAACUGCAAAGGACAUAGGUGUAACUAUUUUUUUAAGAAUCACCGUUUAUCAGUGACAUUGGUCAGCUUAAUAAUUGUUUUUAUAUUUAUGUUUCAUUGUUUAAAAAGCAUUUCCCCCAAUGAUUGCUUGCACUGUACCUCUGCAAAAUUAGUAAAUGGCAUAAUCGAGCCUGUAAGGAUGAGCUGUGGGUUCCUAUGGUAACAACAUGGCUACUAACAUGAGCCACAGACUGAUUUAAAAAUAUACUGUCACUCAUUGUCAUUUUUUAUGAAUUGGUCUUGGAGAACUGCAAAUAGGUGCCAUUAUUUAUGAGGUAUGAAUCGCUCUCACUAGCUACAUCACUUAUUGUAGCCUACCUUUGUCUUUUAGAUUUUCACUGGCAGCCUUUGUGAAGUGAAAUGUGCAUUUCUUUGUGGUCUGGAUUUCUGAAAGCGGUGGAUGCAAAGUCAGGGAUCACUUAACCACAUAGGCCAUUGUUAAUACAGCUCGAGUGAUAAGAUAUGAUCAGGCUUAAACAAAGAAAGCAGGUUUAGUUAAUUGAACUGCCUUUGAGAAUCUAGAUUAUUAAGCAAUAAGAUCGCCCUGUUUCACCAACAGUUUGCACGGUACUUUGGUGUGUCGAUUCAGAAAUUGAAUUGUUUCUUAUUAUUUCUGAUGUGCAGUACACAGUGUUUUGAUUAUUAAAGAAACAGGACUGUCACUGAAGUCAUCAUCCUGAAGUAUACCCUCACAGCUUUUUGAAUAAACUUCUAUGAUUCAGGUGAAUAACAUGCUUUCUGAAUAAAAUGG